ACCACAAACUUUCAAUUGGACUCACCAAGCAACUAUCAAUAUAGGCAAUACUAUAUCUUCUUUAUCGUCUACAAACUUGUCUGAAAAUAAUUAUAGAGAAAGUAGUGUUUGCACUAUGCAUACAACAGAAGUAAGAGAAAGAGAAGAGGAACAACAAAAUACAUUAAUACCUGCAACAGAAGAAACUUCACUUUCAUCCACACUGAUUGCACUCAAUCAAACUCCUAUUCCUGAAAUUCCAUCCAUUCCGGCAUCCUCAAGUUCUUGUUCACAGUCUUCUACUCAAAGCAGAAAUAAUGAACAGAAUGAAAAUACAACACAAAAAGCACGAAGAUCGAAACAGUUAUAUGAAUUGAGGAAAGAGCUGAUUGAGAGUAAGAAACAAAUAGAAGUGAUAACUCGACUUACAACUGCUAUUAAGGAAAGCAACAACAUAGAAAGCCAAAAAAUAGCUGCUAUUCAGGAAUAUACUGAUUUACAAAGAGAAGAAAACAGAUUGCUUGAAAUUUUAGUAGAGUUGCAGAGAAAAGAAAGUAACGGAAUAC